AUGGCCCCAUUGUGGAUGAACAAUGUGGAUCAAAAGCUGAAACUCAUCAUGGCAAGCUUUCCAAGUUCAGCACUAACACUCCUCUUCGCUCUCUCCCUCCUCGCCCUCGCCGGCGUCGUAAUCGCCAUCCUAAUCCUCCUCGUCAGGCGGUCGAAGUCGUUGUCCCACGGCCUAAGCCGCGGAGGCAGCAGUACUGACAGAGCUAUGCUGAUGGAGGCAGAGCAUGGAAGGGCGACCGACGACGACGAAAAUGAUGACGAUCUCGAGGUGGCCGCGGCGGGUGGAUCGAGUUGGGUGACUAUAAGGAAGGUGCUGAUGAGCUCGAUGCGGUGGAGCGAAGGCAGCAGGGUGGCGGAGGAGGAGAUCAUGAUGAUCAGCAGCAGCAGCGUGAGUAGUUGUAGUAGCAGUAGCCAGAGGAGCUGCAACUACAGGGUCGAGGACGAGGAGAUCAUUAGCAGAGUCGUCAUCAACUGCCCGGAAAGGACGACGAGGGGUGUCGCACCGGUGCCUGAAGAAUCGCCGGUACCGGUGCAGCCACGUGGAGAGGCUGCCGAAAGAGGAGGAGGAGGAGGAGGGUACGUGUUUGGGUGGAGCAGGGGAGGCAAUUGGAGGCGGGAAAAGCACGUUGGUCCGUCGACGGCGGCGGCGGCGGCGGCGGCGGCAGUGUGGCAGAGGCCGAUACUGAUGGGGGAGAAAUGCGAGCUGCCGAAGUUCAGUGGGCUCAUUUUGUACGACGAGAGAGGGCGACCGUUGUAUGAUCAAAAGGAACUUUUGAGUGACAUGCCACUUGAAGCUAAGGAGAAGAAGGAAGGAGUGGCUUUGAACUUCCACCAUUGCUAG